CAGAUGACGAAGAAUUGCCCAGCAACAUCUGGGGCAACCUGGGCAGGAACUCAUAACCAAGCAAGAAAAUAGAGAAUUGAAAAUCAAAGUGGACAGGAAUGGACAUCAUGUGAAAGAACUCGCGCAGCAGAGAAACUACAUAAACGCAUGUGAUCUCAGGAGACAACAAAUAACGCAUGAAGGGAAGAAAAUGUUUCGAAUGAAGGAAUGCGAAAAGAGCUUCAAUCCGAGUUAUACACUUAGGUCGCACGAAAGAACUCACACUGGGGAGAAAACACAUAAAUGCAUGGAAUGUGGAAAAGGCUUUAGUAGGAGUGGUACUCUUAGGAUACAUCAACGGACUCACACUGGGGUGAAACCAUAUAAAUGCAUGGAAUGUGGAAAGAGCUUUAGUUGGAUUGGUAAGCUCAGGUCACAUGAAAUAACUCACACUGGGGAGAAACCACAUAAAUGCAUCGAAUGCAGAAAAAGCUUUGGUCGGAGUUAUGAUCUUAGGUUACAUCAAAUAACUCACAGUGGGGAAAAACCACAUAAAUGCAUAGAAUGUGGAAAGAGCUUUAGUCAUAGUGGUACCCUUAGGUCACAUCAAAGGACUCACACUGGGGAGAAACCACAUAAAUGCAUGGAAUGUGGAAAAGGCUUUAGUAGGAGUGGUACUCUUAGGAUACAUCAACGGACUCACACUGGGGUGAAACCAUAUAAAUGCAUGGAAUGUGGAAAAGGCUUUAGUAGGAGUGGUACUCUUAGGAUACAUCAACGGACUCACACUGGGGUGAAACCAUAUAAAUGCAUGGAAUGUGGAAAAGGCUUUAGUAGGAGUGGUACUCUUAGGAUACAUCAACGGACUCACACUGGGGUGAAACCAUAUAAAUGCAUGGAAUGUGGAAAAGGCUUUAGUAGGAGUGGUACUCUUAGGAUACAUCAACGGACUCACACUGGGGUGAAACCAUAUAAAUGCAUGGAAUGUGGAAAAGGCUUUAGUAGGAGUGGUACUCUUAGGAUACAUCAACGGACUCACACUGGGGUGAAACCAUAUAAAUGCAUGGAAUGUGGAAAAGGCUUUAGUAGGAGUGGUACUCUUAGGAUACAUCAACGGACUCACACUGGGGUGAAACCAUAUAAAUGCAUGGAAUGUGGAAAAGGCUUUAGUAGGAGUGGUACUCUUAGGAUACAUCAACGGACUCACACUGGGGUGAAACCAUAUAAAUGCAUGGAAUGUGGAAAAGGCUUUAGUAGGAGUGGUACUCUUAGGAUACAUCAACGGACUCACACUGGGGUGAAACCAUAUAAAUGCAUGGAAUGUGGAAAAAGAUUUAGUAGGAGUGGUACCCUUAGGAAUCAUGAAAGAACUCACACUGAGGAGAAACCAUAGAUAUGCAUGGAAUGUGGAAAGAGCUACUGUAUAUUCAGAGCUGAUAAGCAGGCAUGAGGAGUUCAUUGAGUUUUGUGCUGGUUUCCAUUUUAAAGAAUAAAUAACAAAAUGCUGAAAACAGAGAAAAACGAAAAAAUGAAGUGCAUUUUGAAGUACCACUUGCGAUGUGUUUUACUUCUAUCGUUAAUUAACAGAGAGAUAUCACAAAACAGAGGUGAUAAUAGGUUCCAGUUAUUUUAUGACAUUUCCAACAUUUACUUGACAUAUUAGAAUACA